CGCGCCCGUUAAUGGGCGGAAGUUGUUUUUGUUUACAAUAUGUCCAAGUUUCGCUUUAGCCGAGUAGUGAUGGAAACGCCUUUGUUUCAAUAUAAAACCCAGUAAUGAAGAGAACCGAAAGCAGCGAUCAUGUUUCUGUUGCGGUCUGUUGAAGCGGAGCGGGUUAUGAAUUAGGCGCUCGUUACCUCAGCUGCUUUAGUAGACGCUGAUAUUUAUGCUUCUCUUUGAUUGAAUGUAAAUGAGCGUGUGUCUGGGAGCAGGCUGAGACUCAUCAUGCCCCGGUAUGAAGACUGGAAGAAGAACAUCCACUUCUAUUACUGUGUUAAGUUCACGCUGAACGUUUACUCCAUGCUGUUUUCGCUCGUGGGCCUGUGCGUGCUGUGUGUGGGCGUGUAUGCGGAGGUGGAGAGGCAGAAGCACCGCACGCUGGAGGGCGUGUUCCUGGCUCCGGCCGUGGUUCUCAUCCUGCUGGGUCUCGUCAUGUUCUCUGUGUCUGUGGUGGGAAUGGUGGGUUCACUGCGCGACAACAAAACCCUGCUGCACAUGUUCCUGAGCGUGCUGUCGGUGCUGCUGGCGCUCCAGGUUAUCGCGCUCAUCAUCGCGCUGCUGUUUCAGAAACCGACGACCGAACUGUUCCAGAAGAACAUACGGCAAGGCAUCAAGCACUACUACGAUGACCUGGACUUCAAAAACAUCCUGGACUACGUGCAAGUGAAGUUCUCCUGCUGUGGAGGGGAUGAAUAUCUGGACUGGAAAGUGAACCAGUACCACUUCUGUAACGGCACCGGGCCGCUGGCCUGCGGAGUUCCUUACACCUGCUGCAUCCGCAACAAAGAGCCUGGAGAAGUAGUAAACACCCUGUGCGGCUAUAAGACUCUUACCAAACAGCGUGAAGAUCUGGCCGAUGUCAUACACGUGCGUGGAUGUAUUCACGCUGUAAACCUGUGGAUGGGCGACAACAUCGGGGUCACAGUAGGAAUCUGCUGCGCCGUGGGGUUGCCUCAGUUUCUGGGUAUCCUGCUGAGCUUCGUCUUCUGGAACCUUCUGGUGGAGAUGAGCGACUCCGUAGACAUGGUGGACUUCAAGAUGCUGAAGAAGGCUGGAUUCAACUACAGCGAGCUGGACCUGGCCGGCGCCGGCUGGUGCAUGUGCCUGCCCCGUGUUGGCGGCUACCUGCCUAUACCUUACGCGGAGACCGACCCGGAGCCGGAAGCAGAAACCCUGACCCCUGCUCUCCAUGAUCUCGACGGUCCUGAGAGCUUCGAGCAGACACAGGCUGCGAUAUUCCUCAGCCAGUCAAUACAAGACCAGCCCGGAAUGGACGAGGUAGACAAUCGACUGUAGAGGUUAGAAAGGGAACCGAGGUGCAUCUCCUUCACAUCAUUUUUAUUUUAUUUAAUUUGUUUUUAUUUAAUUGUGAUUUUGUAUUUAUUUCUGUAAGGAGCACUGGCUCUUUUAUCGCACUGUCGAGUCUUGCACUACGCACCGGGUUCAAGAUUUUCACCGAGCCUCACUGAUCACUGUGUAUAUUCUCACUGAGCUGUCGAACAUACGGGAUGUCAUUUUUAUGAUUUAAAAAAAAAAAAAAUCCGUUUUAAACAUAUUUCUACAUUUUUACCUAUGCAAAUUUUUACCUAUCUUUUUUUUUUUUUUUUUUUCAGAUUUGUUGUGUUCAUCAUGUUGUGUUUUGACUGUGAAUCGUUUGAUUGACAGCUGAAAUUUGGAUCCUAACGUUCAGGACGAAAUGCGGUUAUUUCUAUUCGCCUUUUCUCUAAUCUAAUCCUUUGUAAAUGAACAUGUGUAGGUAUAGGUGUAGAGGUUAAAUUUGAAAUGUUCCCUUCGGUUAAAUUCUGUACGUGCGUUUGUUUUCACUUUUUUCUUUUAUUUCUUCGUUCAAUCAAAUUGAUUAUCAUUUGAUUAGAGAUGCGAGGAUACUAAUACUGAUAUCAGGCAUUCAGUACCAAACUCGGUACCAGAUGAUGCUAGGUGUACGGUGUACGUUGAUGCGAAAGUUACGCGAGCGAAAUUAAACAGCUCUUACCCAGUAUGUUAAGGGUUAGAUCGAGAUCGAAGCGUACGUGAAGUGAAACCAAACCCGCUCUCGAUCCCAAAGUAACUAGCUAACGUGAUUUCAGAUCAACUCGCGAACAUUCUCAAGAACGUGUCUUUUCAUGGCCACUACUCGUUUUGGUAGCGGUACAGGUUAUGGACGUUAGAACGUACACGUACACCGAGUGGCCACCAAGUGCGUGGCACGUAUGAUAGAUUUGCCUGAUAAAUGCCCAGUAGGUUCACAUUUAAAAGUGGGCGUACCUAAUAAACUGCCAACGCAGCGUCUCUCCAUUUUAUCUCGCGUUGUUCGAGAUUCAUCACGUUAGUUCGCUAUAUCGCGCUCGUGACGUCCUUGUUUCCUUGGGAAUCGAAAUCGGGAAUCCGAUGCGACGCCGCCGUUCCUGUUUACAAUCCUACGGGUAUAAAUCGACACGAAUUCAGGACAACCCGUUGCCUUAGCCACUACGUUUUAUUUUAUUUAUUUAUCCCCCCUCGGUGUUACCUCAAACUAUUUCGUAAUAGCUUUUCGUAAACUUUAAAAAAAUAAAUAAAUAAAAUUUUUAAACGUUUUUCAAAAAAAUUCCGUUUGACGAUCGGUACUCGAAACAAUCGAUUUCUGUUCGGUAUUUGUGUUUUGUCAGUUAAUGUGCUGUAACCUCAAGUACGCAUGUUUUUUGUAAAUGAUUAAAAAAAAAAAACUACAGGAGAUCAAAACGGGCAAUUUAAAGGUGCUUUGAUUAGUUUGUAGGCAUUAAAAAAAAUUAAGGAAUGUUUUUUUUUGGGACUUUUGAACCUUACUGUAGUUAGACAAUUACUGACCUCUAUAAACAUGGAAUGAAACUGUUUUCUCUGUCUAAAGUUGAUUCAUUUGAUCUUAAACACGUUUAAUACAAACGAUAGCCCUAUUUGGACGGGAUUAUGUGGUGCACUCCAGUUGAAUGGUUUUUAUUUGUUUAAUAAGGUAGCUUAAAGCCAGUAUGUGAAGUUUCUUCUCAUUCCCUUUGUUCACUACGUUUAUCCUUGUCGAUCCAGUGCAAUGAAAUUCUGAGAAGGUUAGCACGUUAGGUUUUUUUUGGGGGCCGUACUGUUCCUUUAAGCUUGUUGCUGAAGAACUCUGGCCUUGCGGAAAAACCCUACUGCAGUCCUUGCCAAUAAAACACGACUUGCAUUAA